AAGCAGUGUCAAGUAAAGCAUGGAAUUCCAAAGCCGAGGGCGCUCCUAUGUCAUUCCAGAGAAUGAAGAAAUCUCGCACGCUCCUCAGACUGUGCACAAUGACCAUGGAAAUGAAGGCGAGAGAGCAGUGUCAAAACUGCAACGUAGGCACAGUGACAUAAAAGUAUACAAAGAGAUAUGCGACUUUUAUGCAAGAUUCAACAUGGCGAACGCUCUUGCCAAUGCUAUGUGUGAGCGCUGUCGAGGAGGCUUCGCACCUGCGGAGAAGAUUGUGAACAGCAAUGGUGAGCUGUAUCAUGAACAGUGUUUUGUGUGUGCCCAGUGCUUCCAGCAAUUCCCUGAAGGACUCUUUUAUGAGUUCGAAGGAAGGAAAUAUUGUGAACAUGACUUUCAGAUGCUGUUUGCCCCGUGCUGCCAUCAGUGUGGGGAAUUCAUUAUUGGUCGUGUCAUUAAAGCUAUGAACAAUAGCUGGCAUCCAGAAUGUUUCUGCUGUGAUAUCUGCCAACAGGUACUGGCAGACAUUGGAUUUGUGAAGAACGCUGGCAGGCACCUUUGCCGUCCCUGCCACAAUCGAGAGAAAGCCAGGGGCCUGGGCAAGUACAUUUGCCAGAAAUGCCAUGCCAUCAUCGAGGAACAACCUCUCAUCUUCAAGAAUGACCCUUAUCAUCCAGAUCACUUCAACUGUGCCAACUGCGGAAAAGAACUUACUGUUGAUGCUCGAGAACUGAAGGGGGAGUUGUACUGCUUGCCUUGCCAUGACAAAAUGGGGGUCCCCAUCUGUGGAGCUUGCAGGAGACCCAUUGAAGGGCGAGUGGUGAAUGCAAUGGGCAAACAGUGGCACGUUGAGCAUUUUGUUUGUGCGAAGUGUGAGAAACCAUUCCUAGGCCACCGCCACUAUGAGAGAAAGGGACUGGCAUAUUGUGAAACCCAUUACAAUCAGCUGUUUGGUGAUGUUUGCUUCCACUGCAAUCGCGUGAUUGAAGGAGAUGUUGUCUCAGCCUUGAAUAAGGCCUGGUGUGUCAACUGCUUCGCAUGCUCCACUUGCAACACUAAGUUAACUCUCAAAAACAAAUUUGUGGAAUUUGACAUGAAGCCUGUCUGUAAGAAGUGCUAUGAGAAGUUUCCUCUGGAGCUCAAGAAAAGACUGAAGAAAUUAGCAGAAACUCUGGGAAGGAAGUGAGGCUCAGCUUCAGAUUUCAUCUUGCUGUGCAAAAAUUAGGAAACAAUACUGUUGUUACAAGACUUACUUUUGCUGAGUCAUUGGAACCCAAGCAACGCUCCCCCAUUCCUCUCUGCAUGACUAGCUUCAUACUGAAAUUGUUGCCUCGCCACCUUGAAAAUAUACCUCUAAAAACCCUUUUAUAUCUUGCAUAAUCUCAUAUCCAACCCUUAAAAUUCUGUAUUUGGUACAUGUAUAUUUGUAGAUGCAGACAUCAUGUUUGCAUAGUAAGUGGCAGAUAAAAACUGGGACUUUUAUAUACCACGGUGGGAUCCAUUUCAGUGGACGCGGAG